AUGGGUUUGUCCUUUCAAGCGUCCAAUGCUAUCAUAUACUUGUCAUAUGGGGCCAUGCUUGUCUCAGGCGUGGCUAUUGCAGUGUACCAAUUGAGGAGAGUUUCAAAGAAUUCAGAGUUUCUCUCGUCAAAUGGUUCCCGUACCGGUAUUCCUUUGUCACUUAAUUUCAUUGCUUCAGCUAUGGGUGUCGGUGUUCUAACAACUUACACACAAAUUGCUAAUAUCGCAGGUAUUCAAGGUUUGCUUGUUUACGUGUUGGCAGGUGCUUUGCCAAUUGUGAUGUUUUCAUUUUUUGGUCCACUGAUCAGAAGAAGAUGUCCAGAAGGAUUUGUCCUUACUGAAUGGUGCACACGCAGAUAUGGUCCUAUAACUGCUUUGUGUCUAUCUGCUGCAACUGUUUUCACCAUCUACUUGUUUAUGGUGUCUGAGUUGACUGCUGUUGGUGAUGCCAUAACUGCUUUAACGGGCAUUGAUUCCACACCCUGUGUGGUUGUCGAGUGUAUUGUCACUACCAUAUACACGUCGAUCGGUGGUUUCGGUGUUUCAUUCACCACAGACACUAUCCAAGCCGCAUUUGUUUUGGUCAUCACUGUCAUAGGUAUCAUUGGUUAUGCCACCGAGGUCGACAUCAACAUGGAUCUCAAGCGUGAAACUUACCAUGAGUUGACCGGCUCUAACAAAUUGGGCUGGAUGGUUUUCUACAUUCUCAAUAUGGCAAUCCUCACCAACGAUGCCUUUAUGUCUGGUUUCUGGCUUCGUACUUUUGCUGCGAAGACCGAUAAGGAUUUGUACGUUGCCACAGGAAUUGCCGCAUUUGUUGUCUCAGUUCUUUGUACUCUGGUUGGUUUGCCUGGUAUUUUAGCUGUGUGGACGGGAGACUUGACCAUCGGAGAUACAGAAGGUUCCAACGCUUUCUUCAUUCUCAUUGGUAAAAUGCACAAAUGGAUCAUUGGUGUCAUUUUGAUCUUCUCCGUUAUGUUAUCAACAUGUACUUUUGAUUCACUACAGUCUGCUGUUACCUCCACCAUUUCAAAUGACUUAUUCAGAAACAAGUUCCCAAUGAUUUACUCUCGUGUUUUGGUUGCCAUCAUCAUGGUUCCUGCUUUGGUUGUGGCCAUCGAGUGUUCGGCAAACGUUUUGCAGAUUUACUUCAUUGCAGACUUGCUAUCAUCGGCAAUCAUCCCUAUCAUGUUUUUGGGCUUGUCCAAGCACUUUUACUUUUUGCGUGGGCUAGAUGUCAUUGUUGGCGCGUUGAGCGGUUUGCUUGGCGUGUUUGUCUAUGGUUGUAUCUACUACGGCAACGCCAAAGACGGUGGGAUGUUAUUACUCAUUUGGAAUGGUGUCUAUGACCCAACUGACUGGGGUGCCUUUGGUGCCUUUGUUGUUGCACCUGUUGGUGGUGUAAUUUUCGGUCUGCUUUGUGCUGCUAUCAGAAUCACCGUUCUCUACAUGAUCAGUCGCCAAAAGGGCACUGAGUUCCAUGCUCUGGACAAGCCAACUACUGCCGCCUUUGGUGUCAUCAGCGAAGAGGAAGGCGUCUACGAGGCUGGAGACGCUGGCGCUGAGACUGGUACAUACACUGGUGAAUUCGCCGGUGGUGAGGUCGAUAGCACCAAGAGCGGCGACGAAGUUGGCAGUAUUACCAAGUCUACCGAGGAAUCCAUCGAUGUCCGUGAGAUCUUGAGAGAGUUCAAGUGGAAGGAUAUGCUACAUUUGCUCGUGUAG